AUGUUCCUUCUUUUUUUUCUUUAUUCACUUCAUUCUUCCUUUAAGUCUUUUGUUUUGUUUGAUUUUUCUUUCUUUCUUUCUUUCUUUCUUCCUUUAUUCCUUUCUUUCUUUCUUUCUUUCUUUCUUUCUUUCUUUCUUUCUUUCUUUCUUUCUUCCUUUCUUUAUGACUUUCCUUGCUACUUCUUUCUUUGUUUAUUUCAUUCAUUCUUUCUUUCUUUCUUUCUUUUCUUUUCUUUUCUUCUUUUCUUUUGUUUAUUUCAUUAUCAUUCUUUCUGUCUUUCUGUCUUUCUUUCUUUCCUUUCUUUGUUUACUUCUUUUCUUUGUUUAUUUCAUUCAUUCUUUCUGUCUUUCUUUCUUUCUUUCUUUCUUCCUUUCUUUAUGACUUUCCUUGCUACUUCUUUCUUUGUUUAUUUCAUUCAUUCUUUCUGUCUUUCUUUCUUUCUUUCUUUCUUUCUUUUUCUUUUCUUUCUAGCUUCUUCUUUUCUUUGUUUAUUUCAUUCUUUCUUUCUUUUUUUCUUUCUUUCUUUCUUUAUUUCUUUUUUCAUUCUUUCUUUGUUUUUUUUUAUUUCAUUCAUUCUUUCUGUCUUUUUCUUUCCUUUCCUUUUUAUGACUUUCCUUGCUACUUCUUUCUUUGUUUAUUUCAUUCAUUCUUUCUGUCUUUCUUUCUUUCUUUCUUUCUUUCUUCCUUUCUUUAUGACUUUCCUUGCUACUUCUUUCUUUGUUUAUUUCAUUCAUUCUUUCUGUCUUUCUUUCUUUCUUUCUUUCUUUCUUUCUUUCUUUCCUUUAUUCCUUUCCUUUACUUUCUUUCUUUCUUUCUUUGUUUAUUUCAUUCAUUCUUUCUGUCUUUCUUUCUUUCUUUCUUUCUUUCUUUCUUCCUUUCUUUAUGACUUUCCUUGCUACUUCUUUCUUUGUUUAUUUCAUUCAUUCUUUCUGUCUUUCUUUCUUUCUUUCUUCCUUUCUUUAUGA